CCGCGCGCGGGCUCCCCGCCCCGGUGGCCGCAGGUGGCCCGUGUCACGUGCCGCGCCCGGUGCAGGGACCCCGCCCGAGGCGCGGCCCCGGGGGCUGUGCGGGCGGGGGCGGGCGGUCCGCCCUCAGCCCCCGUCGCCCGCCGCCGGGGCGCUUUCUGUCCCGCGUCUGCAACGAAGCCGUUUCUGCUCCGCUCGGCGCGCCCUGCGCCCGAGUGUGGGGUGCGCCUGCGCACUGGGGGCCGGCGGUGACCGCGGAGGGCCGGGCGCUUGAGAGGCCCCGUGAGCAGCCGCCUUCUGGGCGGCAGGGGAGGCAUGGGCGGUGUGGAGGGUGCUGCAGCCUUUGCUGGAAAGGGAAGGGCUGGGGGUCGGAGCUGUCCUGCGGGGAGCUGUUUGUGCCGGCGCCCAGGCGGGGCCCAGGAGCAGCAGUGCCGCCAGCGGGCGCUGGGGGGGCCUGGGGGGUGACCGCUGGGACGAGAGGGCCCUUGCCGCAGCGCCCCCCUCACGGCCAGCUCAGUCAGCGGAGUCAACUCUGGACCUGGGUAGAAGCCUUAUCCCUCCGGAUGGCGUUUUUGAGACGGUGCUUUACUUCCUAACAUGGACGUGGGUUUAAGCCUACGGCGUUUAGAUUUGAACGCAGCGUGCGCAAGUGCAGUGUGGAUGUCCAUCACUUAAAAGUACAACCUUGAGAAAAGCCCCCGAAACCGCAGGCUGGGUGUAGGAGAAUGCGGCCCUCUUGCACCCAGGCCUCAGAGUCAGCAGACCACGGGAAGUGCUGGGCCCUGCUUUAUAUUCGGGUUCUGGGGGUGCAGGGGUCAGGCCGGUGUCGCCCGUCAGGUGCCAUUUGAUUCAUUUCGAAACCAGCCGCCUUCGUUUGAAUGCAAGUAUCACUCUUAGGAAUUAUCUUCGUCGUGGGGCUCCCCGGUGAGCACCGUGCUGGGGAUGGUGCAGCCGUCGGUCCCCCUUCUGUGCGGCCGGGCCGUCUGUGCCUGCCCUGGUCUUGUUAUUACAGGUGGGACGGGAAGGCUUACACACGUGAAGAAACUAGGGAGGGAGGAGCAGAUGUCCAGGUGUGUGUGAGUCUGAGACCACAGGUGCCACCCUGUGUCGGGCAGGCCUUCUGCAAGGCCCACGUGCUCUGGUGGUCUGCCUGAGAGUCUGGAUGUCAGGAUACCCAGUCUGCCACGUUUCUGGCCGGGCGCCUGUGGAAUCUGAGAGCAGCGUGUCCCCCUCUGGGAGGAGGGCUGGCCCGGCUCCCCAAAAGGCAGAUUUCUGUGGUCUUGGCCGAGCUUCUGUCGCAUCGCCGCACGGUGAUGCUGCUUAUCCUGGGCCGGCUGGCAUGUUGAGAGCAGUUUUGUGAAGCUGGGUAACUGAGACAGCGAAAACCCAUGGCCUAAUUGCAUGUACUUGGUGGCCGUGUCCCUCCAGGCUGUGCCGCUGGGGGUGACAGGGAACCCCACAACCAAAGGCCCCGUGGUCAAAGGUGGGGCUCUCUUCCUGAGGGGUCCAGAGGUGUUUGGGAGGGAGACACACAGUCAUCUGCCCUGAAUAGAUUGAUGUUUUUGCUUGUUCAAGGCAGGGCCCUGAUCCCCUUUUUUUUAUGAGGGAGUGAGUGCAGGGUCACAUACCUGAGUGACUUAAAGCUGUUUUGAAGGGAUGGCCCCAUGCUCCCACAUGUUUGGUGGGAGAAUAAAUUAGUGCAGCCUCUCUGGGCGGGGGAGGACUCUGGCCCUAUUUACUCAAAUUAAAAGUUAUUUUUGUUGAGGCCCCCCGCUGAGCGCUGGGAGGGCCUCUUCUGAACUACCCGCUGUGAGCUCAGGUGCACGCGCCCCGCAUCUCCUUCCUGCCACAACAUGGGCCCAGCAGCCCCCCCCCCCCCGCCGCAGCUGCAGCUCGCCGCCCCUCCCAAGACAGCCAGCCUGCAGCCUCCAGCGCCUGGCCCAGACGCUCCUCGGACUGCUGGCUGCAGACACGCUGCCUCCCAUGUGCGUGCGUCCCUGUAGCAGGACUGACGACGUCACAUCCGCACAAACCGUCUAUGAACCAGAGGUUCUGACCAAGAGAAGAAUGCUGUAGAUCCACCAUCUGGAACAAAAUUUUUUAUGUUUUUGUCUUUUCUGUGUAAAAGAAAAUACUAAUACUGAAGUUGAAGCAUCUCCAGUUUUAAAAAACAAAUGGUAUUUAUUAGGCUUUUAAAAAGACUGAUUGUAAAAGUCAUACAUGCUCAUUUCAGAAAAAUUGGAGAAAAUUGGUACAUCGAGCUGGAACGUGUCCGCGAUGCUGCCGCACCCAGGGAUGUCCCUCCGGCGCCUGCUCUGUGCUGUGGCCUCCCACCGGCCCGCCCCCUUGGGAUGCGGAGGAAGCAGCCGCCUGCACACGGCCCCAGCCGCCUGUGCCGACAGGAGCGCCCCUGUGUUCACCCGCGCCCUGGCCUUUGCGGACAGGAUUGCUCUCAUUGACCAGCAUGGCCACCACACGUACAAGGACCUUUACUACCACAGCCUCCGCCUGUCCCAGGAGGUGUGCCGUCUCCUCGAGUGUGCUGGCGGGGACCUCCAGGAGGAGAGGGUCUCCUUCCUGUGCUCUAACGAUGUCUCCUACGUGGUCGCGCAGUGGGCCUCGUGGAUGAGCGGAGGCAUUGCUGUCCCCCUAUACAGAAAGCACCCCCGGGCCGAGCUGGAGCGUUUCAUCCAGGACUCCCGGAGCUCUGUGGUCCUCGCUGGCCAGGAGUACGUGGAGCUCCUGCGCCCGCUGGUCGGGAAGCUGGGGGUCCCGCUGCUGCCUCUGCCGCCCACGGUCUAUGGUGCGGCGGCUGAGGAGCCUGGGGAGUGGGAGGUGCGGGAGCGGAACUGGAGAGACCGAGGCGCCAUGAUCAUCUACACCAGCGGGACCACGGGGAGGCCCAAGGGUGUCCUGAGCACUCACCACAACAUCAGGGCCAUGGUGUUGGGGCUGGUCCACAAGUGGGCGUGGAGUAAAGACGAUGUGAUCCUGCAUGUCCUCCCGCUGCAUCACGUGCACGGCAUCGUCAACAAGCUGCUCUGUCCCCUUUGGGUGGGGGCCACCUGUGUGAUGCUCCCCGAGUUCAACGCACAGCAGGUUUGGGAAAAGCUCUUAGGUUGUGAAACUCCACGGAUUAAUGUAUUUAUGGCAGUGCCUACAAUCUACGCCAAGCUGAUGGAUUAUUAUGACAGACAUUUCACCCAGCCUCAUGUCCAGGAUUUUGUCCGUGCAGUUUGUGAAGAGAAGAUUAGGUUGAUGGUUUCGGGAUCGGCCGCCCUGCCCCUGCCUGUGCUGGAGAAGUGGCAGGACAUCACAGGCCACACUCUGCUGGAGCGGUACGGGAUGACGGAGAUCGGCAUGGCCCUGUCCAACCCCCUGACCGCCACUCGCGUGCCAGGUUCUGUGGGGACCCCGCUGCCGGGCGUCGAGGUGCGCAUCGUCUCAGAAAAUCCGAAGAAGGAGGGCUGCCCCUAUGUGCUCCACGCGGAAGGAAAUGAAAAGGAGACGCAGGUGGGCCGCUCUCUGAGCUCAGUGGGCAGCACACAGGCAUCACGUGGCCGUGACCGCCCAGCAGGCCAGCCACAGAGGGUGACCCCAGGGUUCAAGGAGAAGGAAGGGGAGCUCUUGGUCAGGGGGCCAUCUGUGUUCCGAGAAUACUGGGACAAACCAGAAGAAACGAAAGACGCCUUCACCUGGGAUGGCUGGUUCAAGACAGAUGUGCAAGGAGUUCCUUGCCAGCCCCCAGGGGUCGCGACUGCUACAAAGGAGACCCAGCGUCUCCCCCCAGAAACUCUGCCGACAGCCACGGUGACCCUCCUCCCGGCUCUUACUUGAGCGCCACCACGACCAGAGAGAGGUUGUUCGACAUGCCCACGGGCACCAGCACGAGCCCAGGGCAGGGGGACAGGUGAUUCCAGGAGCCAGGUGCCCUCGGGCCUUUAUGUUGACCUUGCUGUCCGAGCAGAAGACAGAGGACAGAGGACAUGGAGGUGAGGACACGGGACAGAGGUGAGGCUACGGAGAUGAUGAGAGAUGAGGGAGACGAGGACACAGAGCUGACAUGGGAUGGAGGUGAGGACACGGAGCUGGGGACACAGAUGGACAUGGGGACCGAGCUGAGCAGACCUUACAGUUCCUUUGACGCCUGCCACUCAGCUCAAAUGCUGCUGACUGAGCGUAAGGACAUGAACGGCCUCUGACUUGCUCUAAAAAUCCUUCAUCGUGCACUGUUUAGCGUCACGACGUGGACGUCGAGGGCACUUAGGAGAUGGGAAUCAAGGACCCUGGGAAAAUCCACCAGAGCAUCGGCGGGUUCUUGCCUUCCUCCAGGGCAAGCACGUGACGUUACUCCCAGAGACACACAUCACAGCAGGGUGACAGAGGGGGCCCUGGCGGGCAUCGGCGCCCACAUGGGGAUGUUCCCCAGAGGCGCGCUCACGGGGCCUGGGCAGCCCUGGCGAUGGUCAGAUCCCAGGAGAGCAGAGAAGCUGGCCAUAAAAACACGUAAGAUAUGGGGCCUUCCUCACUGUGGGAGAGAAACACAGAGAUGGCCUCCUGUCGCCGAGUUUGAAAGAUUCUGACCAAGCUGGGCCUUGCUGCCGUGAGGCAGGUCCUUUCCCCUGCAGGUGGGACUGUGGGUCAGGAGUGUUUCUGGGCCAAAGGGAAUGACGAGAGGCGGGCAGAGCCGGGCGCACGGACGUCUGCCACAGCGUUUUUAUUUAUUUAUUUAUUUAUUUAUUUAAUUUUUUUUUUUUUAAAGAUUUAAUUUAUUUGACAGAGAGAGACACAGUGAUAGCAGGAUCACAAGCAGGGGGAGAGUUAGAGGGAGAAACAGGUUUCCCGCAGAGCAGGGAGCCCGACGCGGGGCUCGAUCCCAGGACCCUGGGAUCAUGACCUGAGCUGAAGGCAGACGCUUAACGACUGAGCCACCCAGGCGCCCCUGCCACAGCGUGUUUAAUAAAGUGCGGGGCGGGGACCCCGCCCGUGUCCACAGGUGUCCAGCAGCGGCUGUCGGGAGGCCCUUAGAAACCGUGUUCUGGAGAGCGGUGACAUGAACUGAUGACGCGUCUUGCACAUGCGCGGUUCUCACAGCCGCCGGCCGCUGUCCCCUGUGGGCGGGCUCCUUCCUUCCUUGGAUGCCUGGCCUCUGGUGCUCCCUCGGUGAGCGUCAUCGCUCUCAGCGACACGGCGCGACACGCUAACCUUUCACACCUCCGAUGGAGAAGGCCUCAGCGGCGCUCGGGCCGUGUCUGCUCACCUCCUGCCUCGCCGCAGUUGGGGUUCUGCUUUCCUCCUCCAACAAGGAGAUCUUCCGUCUUGGCCAGCGAGGCGCAGUUAGGAACUAGGCCGCGUGCUGCGUGUGAGUGGGUGUGGGUGUGCAGAGGGGACGGUUGUCACCGACCUGUGCGCCCGCUGACCCGGAGGCAGGGUCACCGUGAAGGCUGUGCCAGGCAGCGGGGCCCCUCCGGGCAUGCUUGGCGGGACCGGCCGUGCAGUCUGCAGCUGGCUAGGCCCCGGUACUGGCGGCCCCUUCUGUGAGCGGAAGGUUUGGAUGUGUCGUGUCUGGUUGUUUUAUCUUGCUUCAGAGUUCUUUGUUUUCCAGGGCUCGUGGGGUUGUGCGCCUGGGUCUCUCCUGCCCCUUGUCAGGCUUUGCGUUCAUAAAGCUAGUCUCGGACCCUGUUCCGUGGGCAGUGACGCGGUGACCCAGUGGCCACGUGAGGCCGCGUUCCCUCUGUUGGAUGUCGAGCUCCAGCUGCAUGCGGGCUGGCUCCUGGGGUCCCUGCGCUGUUCCCAUGUCGGUCCCAGACCCCUGCGCAGAGGAGUGUGGCUCAGUUUUCGGGUUUUAUCGGAGUGACGCGGGCAUGGCUGGAAGACCCGCGGCUCUAACCAGUGGCCAUUCGCACCUGGCUCUGAGGCUGCUCUCCACACCCGUCCCCCCAGUGUCUGCACCAUGGGGCCGUGGAUGCAGCCUCAUGGAGACCGUGGUCCUUCUGUGCUCUCGGUUCCCUGCAUGAAGCACCCCGGUGCCACCCUGCCGCUCGGGGGAGACGCCCGGGCCCGCCGCCCCGCCAGGCCCCUCCUGCAGCUCCCUCCUUCCCUUCUGCUCCACAGUCUGCGCGCUGCAUUCCCCAGGAGCCUCCUGACAGUAGAGGUGUGGGGUGUGCAUUUCGGGGAGUGGGUGUCUGGCAGCGUCUUCGCUCGGUCGGGCGAGGUAGAGUUCAGGGUUCGAGACGCUCUCUCGGUUUCUGGCUUCCACGCUUCUACCAGCUGCAGCCACGUCGUCCUUCCUGGCACCGUACGACCUUUCCCCUCUUCGGAGUCCUAGAGAAUCUUCUCCAUCCCAGAGUCCACGUCGGACAAGUCGAGUGCCUUGGGUGCCCUGACUUUGACGUCCCUCCUCGUGCUGGCGCUCGGGACACCCUAUCCUGCGAUGCUGGGAGCUGUCCGGCUGAUUCUCUCCGCUCCGGAGCCUGGCCGACACGUGGGGGCUGAAAGCAGGAAGGACACCUGGGAGGCCGAGCUGCCCCAUGGCCGGGGGGAGUCGACCCACCAUGAGCUGCCCCCUACCUGCCCCAGCCCCCAGCCCUGUCUUGGGGCGAUGCCAGAGCAGCCGUGCCAGGCUCAGGGGGCCUGAUGGUGCCCGACAUGCGCCAGGAGCAGAGUGGGGGGCUGGGUUCUCAGCUGCCGCCCUGCAUCCCCGGGAGAGCAGGGCAGGUGUUUUCCAGCAGGGGCGGGGUGCUGACACCUGGCGGACAGACAGCCUCAUCAGGCGCGUUAAUUAGCAUCGCGGUGGGCAGUUUCUUGUGCUUGCUUUCGGUCGUGAGUUUAGUUAACACAGAUUCUUUUCUGGAAUUAUUGUUCAGUCAGAGUGUGUUGCAGACGCUGGAGUGACUCGACUUGGGGGUGAGCCCCCAGGGGAGGCAGGACUUCUCCACAAACCAAACAGCGGUUUCUUAAAACGCUUUCUUUGCAAUAGGUAGAGAUUCGCAGGAAGCUGCAGAUGGCGAGUAGGGUGGCCCCUUGCACCUUCACACCAUUCCCCAGUGUCCACGUCCUGGUCACCAGCACGACACCAGAGCCCGUCCCUGGGCUUGACCAGGGUCCCCCAGCCCUACACAUGUAUGUGCACCUGUGUGUGGGCUCUGCUCACCAUCCUCAGCACACAUGUAGGUCCGUGCUGCUCUGCGGCCCCACGUCUGUUGCCCUCGCCCCCCAGCCCACUGCUUGUCGUUCAGAGUGGCACAGAGACAGACCCGACAAGUGUAGCCUUUGGGGAUUGGCCUUCUUCCCUCAGCAUGAUUCCCUUGGCCUCCACAUCCCCCGGCUGGGCCCCCACGCUCCACAGCAGACCCUGCAUGAGGCAGACACUUGGGGAAGCACGGAAGGGGGUGCAGCCCCGUGGUGUGGAGCCGGCCCGUGCUGGGUGUCCCUGCCUGAAAACAGGCUCAGCCCGCAUCUCCCCAGAGGCACGGCCGGACGUUGGCCACAGAGCAGGCAGCUUGGUGUCCACGGUGAGGCCGGGCCUGACGUGUGUCACGUGGCACCAGAGGGAAGGCUCUGGCCCCCGCGGGAGCACAUGAGGGGGUGUGCUCGGCAAGGAGUGUCUCCGCCUCCCCGGGCGUGAGCAUGCGCUGCGGGCCGGUGUUGUCCCCGUCUGUCCCCCAGCUGCGUCGGGGAGGCACGUGAGGGUUUCUUCCCGCCGUGGGUGGCAGGUGCCGCCAGGCCGCACGGAGUCCGCAGGACUGCCCACACUCCCCAGAUGCCGCAGCGUGUCUGUUCCCCCCUCCUACUUUGUUCAGUUUAUCCAAAACCUUGAAGUUGCCUGUUCUGGGGUCUUUGGGGUUUGGGCGCUUACUGUCUGUUUAACCCGCCCUCCUGGGAGCUGCCAACUCAGGUGCGCAGAGACGCAGGGGAAGCUGAGGGAGCCGCGUGGCCUCCCGAGCCAUUCCCGCCGCGCUGUGCUUGGGGCUCUGUCCCGCCAGGAGCACGGCAGGCGGGCGGCGCUGUCACACGUGGAUGUCAGGCAGGGCUCUGUACAUGGCUUCCGCCCUCGCUGCCCAGGACCCCUCUUUCUGAGCCCCAUCCUGGCACUGGGCACGUCCUGCCCUUCAGAGGUGGGCUGCCCGUGGGUUAGACACUCAUGGGAGUUUGGGGACAGCGCUGGUCUCCAGCCGUCUCUGUGCUGGGAUUCAGCGUCUGUGUCAGCCAACACCCAAGGAAAUGGAGCAGAAAGGCCUGGAAGGGGUGUUGAGGGCCCUUGUUUCUGGGACCGGGCCUCAGUUCCGAGUGCGUCCCCUGAUCAGCCUGCGCUCCCCGGCCCCCGUGGUCCUUCAUUCAGAACUGAGACAGCUGGCGUCUGAGGGUCUCCAGGCAGCUGGGGAGGGGCCCCUGGAGAGCAGGGCAGUCCCAUUCCGGUCCCCUUCACCCCUUCACAGUGAGCAGACGUGGUGCUCCCCCAUCCAAGGACGUGCGCCAGAGCCCACUGCCUCCUUUCCUGAUGCUAAGGGCAGGACCGGAAGAGCAGCCCAGGGGGCAGGGGCCGCGUCAGGGAGAUGCCCCCCAGCCUCAGCAGCCGUGGUCUCGGCAGUGCAGGGCGUCUCCGGCAGGUAGACCAGGGACAGGAGCCUGGACCCAGGGCAGGGUCCCUCGCUCUGCUGGGUCUCUGGGCAAGUAGAGGUGGUGGGAGCAGGUCCAGGAAGGCUCCAGAGGGCCCGGGGCUAGUGCAGUGUCCGUCUGGCAGCAGGAGGGCAGUGACAGCUUAGACUGGGCCCCUUGGUGCCUUUAAGGAACAGCUCUCCGGAGAGAGCAUGCAGCCGUCCAGUGGGGAGGGGAUGCAGCCAGAGCGGCACCUGCACCCCAGGAGUGGGGAGCACAGGGGGCCUCGCGGGACCCAGGGCGGGCUUCGUCCACCCCAGGCCUCCCUGCGGCCCUUCCUGCUCCUCCACACCUGCACCACUUCCCGCCAGCCGCCACCCUGCAGCCCAUCCUGGGGCCACGGCGCCCUUUCCGAGGAUGCACUUGCAGGCCUCCGCUUCCUGUCAGCGGGAGAGAACCCACCACGCUCGUGGCCUGUCCUCAGAGCCUCGCCUUCCCACGCCGCCAUAAGUAAGCCAGCCACCCAUCCACGCACAGGCAUCUGUCCCGUUUAUAGACUGGAUCACGCCCUGGCUGUGGCAGAUGAUGGAUGGUGCCUUCCUGCGUGGGUGGCGUGACUCGUAAUGAAACACCGAUGAUUUAUUCCAGCUAAUGACCCAACAUGGGGCUCGGGUGUGAGCAUAGGCAGGGCGGCGCCAGCGCUGUUCUCAGAGGGCUGGAUGGGGGCGUCCCCACAGGCACACGCACACGUGCGUGCAUUGUGGGAGCACACACACGUCCACACGCGUGUAUGUCCACAUGCAUGUCCACGCACACGUCCACACACAUGUCCACACACACCUCCACAAUGCACAUGUCCACACAUGCACUUGUCCACACGCAUGUCCACGCACACGUCCACACAUGUACACGUCCACACACAUGUCCACACACACCUCCACAAUGCACAUGUCCACACACAUGUACGUCCACACGCGUCCACACAUGCACGUGUGCGCGCACACACUCAGGCCCACCUCCCCUGCGCCCUCUCUGUUCUGGGCUGGCCCUCGCUGUCCCCCACCCCACCACCUGCUCAUGCUAGGAUGCCUGGUGAGCAUCCCAUCGCCCAGCAUGGCCUGAGAGGGGACCAGGUGGGUCUCCGAGGGGACUGCCACGUGGGGAAGCAUGACAGGAAACCACACAGUUGACGUGGAGGGGCAGGAGGGCUUUGUCCUCCUUCAGAGACUCCGUGUCACUGCCUUGCAGCCCGGGAGACCCCACGAGUGAAGGGGGGCUGCAGUGAUGUCCUCUCCACUAGGACCCUGCUGUGGCUGGGACCCCACGGUGGGAUGAAGGAGGCGGCCGAUUCUUGUUCUGAUUGCAGGAGCCUGAGGAAGAGCGGGAGGGGGCCGAGCUGGGUGGUGACCACACCGGCCGUCCUGCCUCUGAGCCUGGUCUUCACAGGCGGCCCCCAUCGGCCGUUGUGGGACGCUGCUGUCUGCACAGGGCCGUCUGGGGUUGGACCACAGGCUGAGGUCUCAGCCGUUGAGCUCCAUGCUUGCCGCCUUGUCCUGAAACGGCCCACGUGCACCCCGGCCCCAGCAUGGGUCACCGUGUGGGGAUAUCGAUGCCCCCAGACACAGGCGCCCAGCAUGUGAUGGGGUGGGGGGCGCUGCUCACCACAUGGGUGCCCCUCGAAACAUGCUGGGCCCGGCGCGCGUCCUGACUAGAGCACCUUU